AUGGAGCGUCGUCUCGGUCACUACCUUUUUAUCUUUUUCUCUAAGUGGAUUUGGCUCUUCACCCUAACUUCCAUCCUGGGCGGAACAAAAGGGGAGAUAAGGUGCAUUCCCUCGUGCCAGCUGCCGCUAAUUACAGAAUUUCCCCGGGACCUCUCGGAGCUGGAUUUCACUAAUUUUGGCGAGGCAUCAGCGGAAGAAUUAGUGGGAUUUACGGAGGGGUCACCGGGCGCCAAACCCAACGCCGGCGGGGAGGAAAAGCACACCGUUGCGGAAUUAACCGCGAGCGAAGAAAGUUCGUCGAAAGUGCAGCCACGCUCCGAGGGAAAUAAAUCAAGUUGUCCCCAGAAGGACGCUUUGAACGAUCAGCCAAAACUUUCCCACCCGAAAGAGUUCACUGGAAGUGCUUCACCCGCGGCUGCCCCUUCCCCCUGUAAUGAUAACGUAACCGAAAAUAGCACCGGAGAUGGAAAACAUAACGAGGAAAACGAUGGGGAGCAUGUUGAUGUGACAGUUAACGAGGAUAACGAUGUGGCCAGUUGGAGACGAACCCGGAGUGCGAGGAGCGCGGAGGCUUGGUCCGGGUUCAGAGCCGAGGACGGGGAGGACGUCUCGUUCUCGGACCUGGAGGAGUUGGAGCUCACAAGUUCGACAUUUGCUCUCGCCGGGGACACGGCUCAUAACCAGGCGAUGGUGCACUGGUCCGGACAAAACAGCAGCGUGAUCCUCAUGUUGACAAAGUACUACGACUUCAACUCUGGCAGAGUAACGGAGAGUUCAUUAUGGAGGUCAACGGACUAUGGGUCGACAUAUGAGAAGCUUAAUGAGAAAGUCGGGCUAAAAACCAUCCUGAGCUACUUGUACGUGAGUCCGAACAAUAAAAGAAAGAUCAUGUUACUUACCGACCCGGAGGUGGAGAGCAGCCUGCUCAUUAGCCUUGACGAGGGGGCGACCUAUCAGAAACACAGCUUAGCCUUUGAUAUCCUCAGCCUGCUGUUUCACCCCGAGCAGGAGGACUGGAUCCUGGCUUACAGCCACGACCAAAAGCUCUACGUCUCUGUUGAAUUUGGGAGGAGAUGGCAGCUCGUGCAUGACAACGUCGUCCCCAACAGAUUCUACUGGUCCAGGCUGGGCUUAGACAAAGAGCAAGGGAUGAUUCACCUGGAGAUCAUCAUCUCUGACGGACGGUCACAGUACAUAACUUGUAAACUUCAGAAUUGCUCUGAUGGAAACAAGGGCAAGCCUUUCCCUGGAUUUAUCAUCCCUAAUUCCCUGGUGGUUCAGGAUGAAUACGUUUUCAUCCAGGUGCCAGUAGGUGGUCAGUCUGUCCAUUAUGUGUCCUAUAAAAGAAAUGCUUUCUACCCAAUGAAGCUUCCCAAGUAUACUCUGCCAAAGGACCUGCAGAUAAUCAGCACAGAUGACAACCAGGUGGUGGCAGCGAUUCAGGACUGGCACCAGAAUGACUCCUACAACCUGUACAUGUCUGAGUCCAGAGGGCUGUUCUUCACCCUGAUGCUGGAGAACGUUGUGAGCAGUGGAGGACCGGAGGGCAACAUCAUGAUAGACCUGUAUGAGGUUGCCGGGAUUAAAGGGGUGUUCCUGUCAAAUAAAGUUGUAGAGAACCAAGUGAAAACUUAUAUCACAUACAACAAAGGCAGAGACUGGAGGCUUCUUCAGGCUCCAACCACAGAUCUCCAGGGAAACAAGGUCUAUUGUGAACAACCUUAUUGUUCGCUACAUCUCCACCUCCAUGUGUCAGAGAAUCCCUACACCUCGGGAAACAUCGUCAGCAAAGAUUCAGCUCCAGGAAUAAUCAUCGCGUCAGGUGUUGUCGGACCAGAGCUGACCAGUAAUAAUAUCAGUAUUUUCAUCACAUCGGAUGCUGGGAACAGCUGGAGAGAGGUUUUUCAGGAAGAAUACAGCUUGUUUUUCCUGAAUCAAGGGGGAUCUCUGGUGGCCAUCCGGCACACACCGCUGCCAAUUAGACACAUUUGGCUGAGUUUUGAUGAGGGCAGAAACUGGGACAAAUAUAGCUUCACCUCCUCUCCGCUGUAUGUUGACGGGGUGCUGGGGGAGCCUGGGGAGGACACCCUCAUAAUGACAAUCUUUGGUCAUUUUAGCCAUCGAUCUGAGUGGCAACUUGUCAAAAUUGACUUCCAGUCCAUUUUUCAACACCGCUGCACAUCUGAAGAUUACAUGACAUGGCAGUUACACAAUGAGGGCAAAGUGUGCAUCAUGGGAAUGAAGAGAAUCUUCCAAAAACUGAAAGCAAACGUUCGAUGUGUCAAGACCAGAAAUCAGUAUAUUUCCCAGAUGUCAGACUCCUGCCCGUGCACAGAGGCAGAUUUUGAGUGCGACUACGGGUUUGAGAGGCAGAUUGACGGGCGCUGCACUCCGGCGUUCUGGUUCGUUCCUUCAGCAACAUCUAGAGACUGCAUCAGGGGGGAGAGCUUCCUCAACACCACAGGAUACCGCAGGGGUUUGUCUAACAACUGCACAGAGGGGACGCUGUUGAAGUACAGCCCCAGGCGACAGAAGUGUCCCAGCCAUGCCCCCCGGGGCCUCCAGCUAUUCACCAGCGAGGGAACACUGGUAGCAUCGCUGGAGAGGAAUGUCACUUUCUUGGUCUUUCUGGAAGAGGGUCUCGGCUCCAUGACAAGUGUAACGGUGGACUUUGGCGACGGGACAGCUAUAUCAUAUGUUAACAUCAGCUCCAUCGAUGACGGGGUCAAACACAUCUACAGCAGAGUUGGCAUCUACCAAGUUUCUGCAACAGCAGGCAACUCUCUGGGCUUUGACAGGGUCCUACUCUUCCUCCAUGUCACCUGUCAACUCGAACAGAUUCAGCUCUUGGCUCCUUCAGUGGUCGUCAAGAACAAAGCGAUAAACCUCACGACGGUGUUACGGCCCAGCAAUGUGGGAACAGUCAGCUAUUACUGGUGGUUUAAUAACAAAACAGAGCCUGUUGUGACUCUGGAUGGAACGAUGUCCUUCACUUUCUCCAAGGAGGGAAGUCACACUGUCACCGUUCAGGCUUCAGUCGGCAAUACUGUUCGACAGGACCAAAUGACUGUGGCCGUUUAUGAUUAUUUCCGGUCCCACAUUUUGGGCUUUUCUUCUUAUUUGGACGAGCUGAACCCCGGGGUGUCAGAGUGGAGAGAGGACAUCAGCCGAGUGGUGAAGAACUCCAUGGUCCAGGUCACGGGAAUCAACAAGGAACAGCUCCUGGUCACAGUGCUCCCUGGUUUACCAACAACAGCAGAGAUUUUCAUCCUGCCCGAGAAGAGGCCAAGAGUCGGAGGCAUGGAUGAAAAGUGGGCUCAUCUGGAUCAGCUUUCUCAGGUUCUGCUAAGUGCUCUGAACCAAGACCUCAUCCAGUUCACACUCAAGCCGGGGGUGCAGGUGAACGUGUACGCCACACAGCUGUCUCCAGCUCCUCUUGUGGACAGCAGUGAUAGCGGCCACAGCAGCACUGCAGUCAUCAUGCUCGUGUCAGUCGUUCUGAUGGGCCUGGCUGUCUUUCUUAUAUAUAAAUUUAAAAGGAAGAUCCCGGGCAUCAACACUUACACAGCGGAGCAGCCUGACAAAGAACAAGAGGUCAUCCCCACGGUAACCUCCAUCGCCAUCCCAAACCCUGAGGGGGACCAGCUGACCUCCCUGGAUCGGGUGGAUGUACAGCUGGAUUCAAAAGGCAGAGGCUACCUGCCAUCUCACACAGACAUCAAGCUCUCUGAUGAAGCGCCCCAUGUGUUUUAAUGUUGAGAGUCUAUGACCAACUCGAAAGCAAUACAUCUUCCUUGGCAGUUACUUCCAGCAAGCUAUGAAACCACGGUCACAAUGAAU